AUGUCACUAUCCGGAAGUACACCAGCGACUGAUUCACUCACCAGCCUUGUUGAAGGCUAUGUCAAGGAUUCACUUGAUAUGCCUAUUUACCGCAUCGAAAUGCCAGAGAAUACCGCCGCGAUUGUAAAAUUUUCUGACCCCACCACUCGGCUGCGUGUCAAGCUUGAUUUGUGCACCAAGCCGCGCAGCUAUCAAAUGCGUGACUCUGGCGAUAUUGUGCCGGAGAAGCACACCUUUCGCGUAGUCAACGACAAGGGCGGAAAUGUGUGGGCCUACCUAGCCGUAAUGGCAGCAGAUGAAAUUUCCACGCUGAAGACAUUCAAAUUUGAGAUUACGAUGCUGAAAUGUCUCGUUUGGGACUUUAAGUUACGCGAUCCUGAAUGGUCAACGACUGGUUGCAUACCCAAGCUAAACUUAAGCGAUGCAGAAAACUUGAGUUGCAGUUGUUAUCAUCUGUCCACGUUCGCGGGCAAGAAGCAUCCCACUGCCGCCAUGGAAACUAGUACACCGCGUCAUGUGCUCACUAGCCUGCCUACGAAUGGUUAUAUGGUCGUAGUUUUCUUUUUUCUGCUCCUACUAUUUUCGCUGCUUUUCUGUUACGCCUGGCGUUCUUUGCGCAAUCACAAAGGUGAACUGAUUACAUUACUCGAUCAGGAAGACUACAACAAAGAGUUCGGUGUCAAUGUUCACAUAAGCACCGGCGGCCAUUGGCAUGCCGCUACGUCUGCAAAUGUUAUUCUCAUGUUUGCUGUACCGCAAGGCACGCGCAAAUUUAUAAUUUAUCAAAAUCCCGAGAAUGCGCACUUGGUGCGCAACUCCACUUGCACACUACGCUUACCACUGACAGGCGAUGAUCUUGCUCAGCCACUGUUGCUCAGCAUACGUCGUGACAAUUCCGGCCGCUAUCCCAGUUGGUAUUGUCGUCGUAUUGUCAUUGAGGAUUACGCCAACGAAAUCAUCUGUUCGUUCGAGGUUGAAGCGUGGAUAACGACGAAACCGUUAGUUUUGGAUGCAGCAAAUUUCCGUGAAGGUUCACAAUCUUUUAAGCGCACAUUCCGUGAUACGCUGGAGAGUCUCUGCAUACAGUGGUUCCUAUUUCAGGCUCUGAUAGGACCGUGGAAAUAUGGCGAUUCAACUUUGAAUCGCUUCGAGCGUACUUGCAUCUGGACAGUGAAGUUGGCUGUAACAAUUUGCAUUGUUGCCUGCUAUAUGGGUCCGACGGCAUUGAAGACUUAUGAAGAGGAACGCGAUAAAUACAAUAAUAUUGCUUACGAUUGGGUGGAAAUAUUUUUCCUAUGCAUUUUCUCGUAUAUUAUUUGUUUCUUUGUGGAGAUCGGUCUUAAGGCAUUCAUUUACCACGAUGAGUUGGAACGGGAAAAUGCUGACGAAGAAUAUAUUAAAGAAGAUUGA